AUGUGGGACAUGCUAAACAAGAUCUACUUCACGUCGAGAGGCGAACCGGAAGUGAACACUCUGGAACAGGCAAUGAAGGCAUGGUCAUUGGGCACCGUCUUCGACUCGAUUACAAAAGUCAGCUGGGACGCCAUCAACACAGGAUGCUGGAAAAACAUCCGUGGGCCGAAAGAGGUGUCAUUCAAGGACAGGGUCAAGAUGUACUUUCCCGAGAGCCAGGAGAUCGCAUCCAAUUCGGCUGCACUCCGCCCCUUCUACCUCCUCAGGACAGGCUACCUCUCGCGCUUUUGGCGUGACAUCGCUGAGCUUGACGAAGAAGAGCGUCAAGACGUGUAUGACGAGCUGGGUGAAAUCUUCUCGAGUAUUCAGUGUCUUCCGGCUACUCGUAUCAGCCGUAACGAUGGGGCCAUUCUUCCGGGAAAUACAUGGCAAACCAUGAACGGCUCCAUACACAUUAUCACAAACCCUGCGCACUACAUGAUCAAGGGUAUUGGCGAGGAGCGGAAUGCUCGCAGAGCGCAACGGAGCUCUAGGGCAGUGGUCUCGGAGCGCGCAGCUCUCGAGCGCCAGCUGGAAAGGCAGGCUGUGCCGCAGAAGGACAGGGGGAGGAUGAUCAAGGCGGCCAUCGGCAGUAAAUCAACCAGGGAAAAGAAGAUGGAGGAAAGGCGGUCUAAGAAGUCGAAGAAUAUGCGGGCGCCACCAGGUGCUAAGAAGCAGGGCUCAUCGUCGAGUUCGAGUUCAAGCACCAGCGGAGAUGGGUAUUAUUUGGAUGAAGAGGGUUCAGAAUAG